AAAAAUACAUAAUAAAAAUGUUCAGCUCUAAAACAAAAAAAAGCAAUGUAAAACACAAAAUAGGAUUACUAAAAGAUGACUAUGUUAAUGUAUGCUAGAAGUGAACCAUAAAAAUGCAAAAAAGGGCAACUACGCAUGAUUACAAAAACCAGCUAAGAGACACUGUGACACUGGCAUAUUUACAGAAAUCCUGCAACAGUGCAGAAACCAAUGAGUGCACCUUUAAGUCCCUCUGCAGCAGAUUCCAUAUAUAGAGAUGCAUACAUAAAUGCUCGCUUGCCAAACUCUGUACGUACCCUUGGUGCAGACAAUAAAAACAUGUUCUGACAUGGAAAGUACAUAAUAACCACUUAAAAAUAAAAUGAAAAAAAAAAAAAAAGCGAUAUAUCUAUUACGGGCUGUGGCUGGAUGCAACUAGGGGGCAAACAAACAUCAGAGUUCACCAGAUUCACCCCAGUUUGUUUUGUACCCCUGUGGCUUCUCCCAGACGUAAAGAUAGACAACAGUGCUCUGGAAAAGAAAAGAGAAUGGCAACUGAGUGAAGUGGGAGUUAGAGCAAGUAUAUAUCUAACGAAUACAAUUAUCUCAAAAUCUGCACCAGUGGCUCUAAUACAGAAUAAACAGGAAUGUGUGGGAGUCGGUGUGGAUAACCCAGAGUUCAACAUAUCUAUUUCCAAAAGACCGUGUGACCAGUUACAGCAGAACUAAUGGCAGUCAUUUUUGCUUUACAGUGGGUUGAAGAGGUCAGGCCUGGUGGGGUGGUGGUGUGCACAGACUCUAGCUGUUUUAGAAAGCGUACAUUCAACAACUGUCAGAGAAAAUUUACUCAGUGAACUUUUUCAUAGUUAACUAAGACUUCACAGAGGUGGUACAGAUGUACAGUUUUGUUGGGUGCCAGCACACGAGGGGCUGAGAGGGAAUUAAUGUGCCGAUAAACUAGCAAAAGGGGCAUUACAGAAAGAAAUUACAGAACCAGUUCCACUUGGGAAAGGAGAAAGAACAGCAGUGAUUCAGAAGAAAGAAAGGGGAUAUCACAAAAAUCAAUCAUAACAAAGACGUAUAAAGAAAGGAUUAGAAGUAAGAAGAAGAAGAAGAAGAUGAAGAAGAAGGAGAAGAAGAAGAAGAAGAAGUUGUAGUAGUACUUGUAAUAAACCCGUCGACGAGCGGAAAAUAAAAAACAGCUCACUUUCACUGCCGGAACUUCAACAGUGUGACACAUCCAGCGGAAGUAAACAAUGGUAGCGCUAGCUGCGUUAGCCCUGUGGAUGUUUGGAAUUUCUUGGGACGUGAUGGUGUAGUUUUCGAUAAAAAAAAAUUGUUCACUUGUAAUUUAACAACAAUGUGUUCAGUUGAGUCUUUGAGAGAGUUUGUCAACGAGCGACUAACUGCUGCUGCUGAAGAAAUAUUGGGAGUUUUUCAAAGAAGCAUCGUCGAGUACGAGGAAGAGAUCGAUCGUCAGCGCAGACUGUUGGAUAUCGUUUGGAAACCUGAAAUAAAGUUACACAGGACAGAGCUCCCACAGCAACAUGUGUGUAAGGAGGAGGAGGUUGUCCCUGAGCAGCAGCUCUGUAUUGAGGAGAGGAAGUCCAGUGUGGACCAAGAGGAGCCAGAGCCUCCAUAUAUUAAAGAGGAAGAGGAGGAAGUGUGCAGCAGUCAGGGGGGAGAGCAGCUUGUAGUGAAGCAGGAGACUGAUGGCUUUAUGUUGACUCCUGCUGAUGAGGAAAGUGAGCACAGUGAACCAGACACAAACAGUGACCAUCAACUCCUCUCUUGCAACUCUCAUGUAGCUGAGAGCCAAGAUCAGACAGGAGGCAAACAUGGAGACUCGGGAUCAACUAGAAAUGCAGAGCUUCAACCAAAUGAAAGACUUCAUGAAAGUGAAAGUCACACUAACAAUGUAUAUGACUCAACAAUUCCAAAUAUACACAGCAAUAUUCACACAGGUGGAAAAUCUGUCACAUGUGACACUUGUGGGAAAGCUUUCAAGUUUAAGUCCCACUUGCAUAACCACCUGAGACUCCACACAGGCGAGAAGCCAUUUUCUUGCAAAACAUGUGGAAAAGCUUUCCAAUCUAAUAGUGGCUUGCUGUACCACAUGAGAAUCCACACAGGUGAGAAGCCGUACCUUUGCAACACCUGUGGGAAAAGACUCUGUCACAUGACUGCGUUGAAAAGGCAUAUGAGAAUCCACACAGGUGAGAAGCCAUUUACUUGUGAAAUAUGUGGGAAAGAUUUCAGAACUUGUAGUAACUUGACACUCCACAUGAGAAUCCACAGUGAUGAGAAGCCCCAUACUUGUGAAACAUGUGGGAAAGAUUUCAGGCGUAAUGCUGACUUGACAGUACACAUGAGAAUCCACACAGGUGAGAGGCCAUAUACUUGUAAAACAUGUGGGAGAGCUUUCAGAACUAGCAGUAACUUGACACUCCACACGAGAAUCCACACUGGAGAGAAACCACAUACUUGCAAUACAUGUGGGAGAGAUUUCAGAACGAUCAGUAACUUGACCCUCCACAUGAGAAUCCACACAGGUGAGAAGCCAUAUUCUUGCAAAAUAUGUGGGAAAGAUUUCCAACAUAGCAGUAGCUUGUUGGCCCACAUGAGAAUCCACACAGGUGAGAAGCCGUUUACAUGCAAAACGUGUGGGAAAGCUUUCAGACAGAAUAGUGACUUGAAAGUCCACAUGAGAAUCCACACUGUUGAGAAGCAUUAACUUUGCAAGAUGUGCAGGAAGAGACACUUAAAAGUAUAUUAACUGGCAAGGAAUAUGUAGCAACUCAGUAUGUAACAACUGUGCCCACUGUAAUAAAUGUGCACAACGUAAUAAAAGUUUAGAAUGUAAUAAUCUGCACUUAAUGCAAGAAAACCACAAGCACAUGACAUACUAAUAGUUUUGUGCAUCAUUUCAAGUUUUUACAUUACCGCAAAAUUAUUACAGUUUAAACUCAGCAAAAGAAAAAGUUAUAAAGUCAGUACAUAGUGUAAUAUUGUAAAAGAAGAAUUCUCCUCUAAUCCUCUUAAAACACAUGGAACUCCUCUAGUUUUACAUGCCACGAGUGGAGUCUUUAAUUUAAAACAACUGGACUUUUUCUGUUUUGUCGGGAAGACAUUUUGGACCCUCUUAAACGUGUAACAAAAAUCAAGGACUACAAAAUAUCCAGUGAUCUGUAAAAAUGAAAUUCUUUACAAAGAUGAUGCUGAAUUUUAGCAUGUGAAAUAAUUGUUCCUCACUUAAAAAUUCCAGUUACUUUAAAUGUUAGCUGAUCUAAGCAGCAAAUCGUGUUAGAAAGCAAUCUACAAAAUCAUGUGUCUCACUUUGGCUGCUAGAUGGCUCCUAUCAGUGGUGAAGCACUUCAUGUUGCACAAGGGAGAAGUUCUAAUCAACAUUAACCCCUUAGGGUAAAGGCAAAUUUAAUCUGCUUAAUUAAAAGUGUUUCAUAACUGGCAACUCGUAAGUUGCUUGUGUUGUCUUGUAUAUCAUUCAGUGACACUUGUAUUAAAAAACUCUUUUUGCGAGUCUGUGACUAGAGUGCAGGCGGAGCUGUUGACACUCCAUUCUGUUGCUCCAUCUGUGCCCACAGUACACUCUGCACUCAGAGAGUGUGGAGCAAUCAAUAUCUGAACUGGUUAUAUAUUACCACAGCGCUGCCAGUGUACAGUCCAGCUCCAAAAAUAGAAAAGUAAAAUGUGGCAGCAGAUGUUUAAAUCGUGGCGGGCUGCCACAAAUAAGUAAAUGUGUGGGAAACCAGCCUGCUCUCACUCCCAACCUAUUAAAUACCAUUGCUUCAUAAAGUACUUUGGUGUCAGAUACUGACGUACAGAGGCAGCAGUCGCAGUGGUACGGUACGCGUUAAGUGGCGGCUAUCUCUGAUACCACUGGCAACUGCAGUAUAAAGAGCAAGAAAGUCCAUACAUAGGUGGGAGGGGAGGUGGGUCCAUCACACACUGGACUUUCACCUGGCAGCCCGCUGUUCAUUUCUCGUGUAAAACCAAAAGCCAGUGGAGUUGCUGUAAUGACAGUGUAAUGUGCUAGUCUGAGUAGCAUGUUACACUAGUGAUGUAUUUCUCAUGACUUAUGUCAUGUGACAUGACAUUACGUUAGUAAGAAUCAUAUUUAUUUUAAGCUAAACCAUGUUUUUUUUAAAAACUUAAUUACGUGCUUUUGUUGCCUAAACUUAAGUGUUUUACCUACGUAGUAAGUUUAUUUUAAAAAAGACUGUAUGCAUGUAACAAGCUGAAACUGUACAUUUACUGUGACAACAGAAUUGUAUUUUGAAAAGACACAGUGCAUGAAACAAGCACCAAAUGAGACGCUGGCUGUGAACGUCUAAAACAGAUGCAGAAGGGCAGGGCUGCCCCUGACCAAAUUGGGGCCCUAAGCGAAAUUUUAUUUAUAUAAUAUAUUAUAUAUUCGCUAAAGUUUAUAGCCUAUCAAUAUAUAUACGAUCACCAACUGGUCAUUUUACCACUCCUUUUCAUCAGAGGUGAAUGCAUAGGGCGUUAACAAGACAUUCAAUAAAUGUCAAUCAGGGCCGCUGGAAAAAAAAAAAAUUCUCCAGUCUAGACAGAGACUGGAGACAGAGAUUCCUAUCUAAUGAGUAGCAGCUUAGGUGUUUGUGCAACAACAUACCCACCUUCAAGUGAAGCACAAGCUCCCUCUUGUUUUGCCUUUUUUUCCCUCUUGCUCCCUCCUGACUCGUGAUGUCUUUUGGACGACAUGUCGACAACUCUUCACCUGCUGCAGCUCUGCAAGUGCCUGCCGGCGCUCCCCUCUGAUUGGUCAGAUGUCGAAUGCUGUCAAUCAUUGCAGCGACGCAUGCGCGGUCAGAUUACGGGUCUCUUCUCUCCUUCCUCGAGCUGAUUCUACGCGUGCCUCACGGUAGCGCAUAUGCGCAAAUGCGUCCCCUCUUGCAAAAUGUGGCCCCCCAUGGAAGAUGAGGCCCUACGCACAGCGCGUGUUCUGCAUUUAGGGAGGGGCGGCCCUGCAGAAGGGUACCUAGAGCGUCAUUUUGACGUUAUGGUCAGUUGACCUUGAAGUGGUGGUAUUUGACGAGUUGGGAUGAGAGCACAUCAGAAAACCCUGAUUUAGUGAUGUCAGGAUAUAAUACUUCCUCUCAAAAAGGCUAGUGCAUUUAUCGGGUGGUUUAUGGUAGUGGCUGGAGGGUUCUCUCUCUGUUUCCUAUUAAGCUUUGAGUGGCAAACAUGUUUGCAAAGUACUGACUGAAAUGUUAUAGGGCACAGAAAGAAUAGGGAGUAUUGACCUUUAUUGACCACUGAUAACUGUAACAGCUUAGGAGAAAGAUUUCUGACAGGAUGACAAUUAAGUGACAGUAAAAACUGCUUUAAUGUUUCAGACAGAAUGAUUCUAUAUAUUAUUAGUUACCACAGAUAGUACCACGAAUUGUUCCAAGAGAAAGGUCAUUAAUAUUAAUGGCUACAAGUGAUCACAGCAGUAACCUUCUGAGAAAAGUACAGGCCUGUUUGAUAUUACUAGCUACCAGUGAUAAAUGCAGUAGCCUUUCUAUCCUACAUCACUAACUUCCAAAACCGUGGUUCAUCUUACAAGUUGCCAGUGAUAAAACACUUUUAAUUCAUCACAUUAAAUUUGCCUUCAACUGCUAAGGGACUAAUGUCGAUUUCUGUCAGGAAGAACUUCUCCCUUGUGAAAGAUGGAAUGCAUCACACUGAUUGGAGCCAUCUAGUGGCCAACAUGAGGUACAUGAUUUAGGAAUACCACAUUCACCCUGAAGUCUGUUGGCAAAUUCUGUUCAUCAGGACUGCAGAUGGGUUUGACUGUCAUCAAAAGUAAAAGUAGUCAUAGUGAUGAACUGUUGUUUUUAGAGUGUUAAGUUAUAACAUACAAGAGGUGGGCCAAGUUAAAGUAUUAUUUGAUGGUGUUUGAUCAGUGGAGCUGUUUCAUAUUGAACAAACAUGUACGUAGAGGAGGGAUGUCACUACAUGUACUCAAGUACUGUUUUUAUGUACAACACCUAUUAUCAUCAGAUGGCUAAAAUUGCAUGUAAAUUCUACAUAGAUAUGAAAUCGGGAACACACCAAAUAAAAAGAAAAGAAAACGUCAGUUUUGAGGUCUUCUUGAUUACUUUGCUUUAUUUGCUACAUAUAGUAUUACUUCACUAAAUGCUCUGCUCUGCCAAAAUGCUAUUUAGACAUCAUAGCCUCAGUAGUACUGACAGGAGCCACUGUGUACUUUCAUGCAUGUUUCCAGUAAUGUUACAUGAUUACUAACAUUUUGAAUGCAUGCGUGUUUUUAUACUGUGUUAAGGCAAAAAAA